AACUAGAGGUGCUGAGACAUAAAUUGCCUGAACUGGAACAGCAAAUGAAUUCUCUGCUAGCAGCAAUUGAAGUGAACGAAGCCAUGGGACAUGUUACAACUGAGGUAGGGCGUCAGCUGCAGGAGAGGCAGGAACAUCUGGAGAAUCUCAAUAGAUCAUCAAAUUUGUUGCAGGAUGAAUACUCAUCUCUGGCUAUGGAGAAUCAAAUUCUGAAGACUGAGUUAUCAGCUUGCAAGAGAUCCAGCGCAGAGUAUGUCAGUGAAAGUUCAGAGUCUUCAAGAAAAGCCAGAGAAGAAGCAAGGAAGGAGAGGCUGAAUGCUGCUCGCUUAGAGGAAGAGUGUGGCAGAUUACAGGCACAGCUGAAAUGCACAAAUGCAAUCCUGGAGCAAGAGAGGAGAGAGAGAGCAAUGAGGGACAUGGUUCAGCAACUGAAGCAUGAAGACUUUGAAGCAAUCCUUGACUCAACAGUUUCAUCAAAUGUGGAUACCCUUUGAAAAAAUAAACACCAUGGAACUUAAUUUAGUGGUAUCUACAUCUUGCUACAUGGAAUGUUUUGAAGUAUGGUUCUGGAUAUAAUAUAGGUCUUAUGCCCAACAUUUUUCUUUUUAUACUCUGUUCAUGAAAGUCAUACUUUACCAUCUACUUGUCAUUGUUCAGUAGGUGCAGAUAACACUUGCAUUUUAAAAUUGAUAAAUAAUAGUCUGUGUUUGACAUUAAAUUCUUAUUAAAUAUGAUAAUGUUUGUAACAUUGCUCUCAUUCUCUCUUAUCUCAUUCUUUCCCUGUGCCAUUAGAAAUAUGAUUAAAAGUUAGUGCAAUAAAAAUAUCCUGUGUGAAUAACUUGCAGAUAUAUUCCGUCCAUAUAUUUUUGUAAUGCAUGGUGAUCAAAAUGAUGUUUUACUUUUUGUGAUAAGGGUUUAUGUAGGCAUAAUUUUGUCUGCAGAGUUACAGUCAAGAAAAAUGUACUUUCUUACUUUAUAGAUAUUUGUACUGUGAAAUUAAUGACAUUUGUUGUGUAUCUUGCUGGAAGACAACUAAUCUUAUGCAAAAUAUUAGUAAUGAAGAGAUCUCAUAAGUGCAUUACAAGAAUAAUGCCUUUAUGCCAUACUUGCUGUGUAAUUAGGUGUGCCAUACUUUUUUAUUGAAAUAAUGACAGGAAAAAUGCAAUAUCAUCAUCAUUUGUUUGUGUUUGAAACUUGCUGGGAGAAAAGUAGAUAUUUUUUUAAUAGAAUAUAAGUAAGAUUUUUUUAUCUGAAAUGGCACAUUCCAUUUCUAUUUAGUUUAAAGGAGCUUACUUAUUUAGCAGUAAAGUUCCAUACACAUAAGGUACGUAGUUUGCAAUGAACGUAUUCUGUACCAUUGUCAGGCAAGACUUUUAUUCAUACUAGUGAAUUACAAAAUAACUGUAGAUUAUUUUGCUUGUUGCACCUUAUGCACUUUAUGGUUUAUUCACUUGAUGCACCUGAAUUUCUUAUAAGUACUGUUGUUUAGCUACAAGAAAUUAGGCCUGCAAUAUCAGUUUUUUAAUACAUUUGGUUUUAAUCAUUAUAACUAUUUGCAAAUGGAUUAUGCAGCUUAAGAUUAUGUAAUAAGAAAUCAACCCCAAAAUUUUUAGGAAGCUUGAGACAAACUUUCUUAUUGUUUGAUGAUUAUUUCAGAAAGUAGAUUUGUAAGGUUUUUAUCAGGGGUCCAUGAAUUUCAUUCAUGUUCAGGUAUGAAGCAUCUUUCCUUUUCCAUUGGAGUGCUUUGUAUGAUAGGUUUUGUCACUUAAUUAGCACUUACAGGUGCUUUCAAGAUUAAUUAUCACAGUUAUAGUGAAAAGAAAGGAAAUACUUUUAUUAAUAAUGGGAAAUCAUUUUAGCAGCUUUCAUGUUGAGUUAAAUAUAAAUGGGAAAUUUAUAUAAAAGGGAAACUUUUAAAGAUUUUUUCUGUAUGAAAAAGGCCACUUUAAAAUGGGUGAUAUUGCAUCUAGUCAUUUCAGAAAAAAAGAACUUGCAAUACACUGAGAAAAAAAGUGCAAUGUUGUACUUUUUAUGUGACAACACCUUGAAAGUGGUUGUUAUUUUUCUAGUCAAAGGAAUAUUAUGUCAGUAUUUGGACAAAGACUAGCAUUUAAAUCACUAGGUAAUAGGUCUUAUAUGGUCAAUACUACAGUAUUUUCUUAAUGAUAAUUUUUUUAUGUAAGACAUUUUUUCACAUUUAGUAUAGUGUAGUGUUUGUUGGCAGUCAGAAAUAAUGUAAGAAUCAUAGCUUAUACUUUGUACUUUUACCAAAGAUGAUUUUUGAAGACAGAACUGUGGUAUUACCACUCCGUCCGUAAUCUGUCCAGAUGUAAAAUUGUUUAUUUUUCAAUAAACAU